AGUACCAGAGUCCCUGUCUCUGGUGACGUGCCAGCCUGUUGGUGAGAUCCUCCGCUCCAGCGCCCACCCCUGUGCCCUCUCCCCUGGCAGGCCCAUGCUGGUGGACGCCCCGCUCAGGCCCACGCCCGCACCAUGAGCGCCAACGGCCCUGCUCCGCCUGCUGCGACUCCUGCCGCGCCCCCAGCAGCUGCCGUGCCUGUACCUUCGGUGGUACCGGUCGGAUCGCUGGCCCAGAAGAAGCGGGCGCAGUAUGCCAAGAGCAAAAAACAGGGCAGUUCGGCCAAUACGCGGCCACAGAGAGCUCUCUUCUGCCUCAACCUCAACAACCCCAUCCGCCGGGCCUGUAUCAGCCUUGUGGAAUGGAAGCCAUUUGAUAUCUUUAUAUUGAUAGCGAUUUUCGCCAACUGCAUGGCCUUAGCUGUAUAUGUCCCUUUCCCCGAGGAUGAUUCCAACUCAACCAACCACGACUUGGAAACAGUCGAAUAUGCCUUCCUUAUCAUUUUCACGAUCGAAACCUUCCUGAAGAUUAUAGCAUACGGCUUGGUUAUGCAUCAGAACGCUUAUGUCCGGAAUGGAUGGAACAUGCUGGAUUUCGUCAUUGUCGUCAUUGGAUUGUUUAGUGUUGUCUUGGAAAUGCUGACCAAAGAAGGGGGUGAGAAGGAAGAAGUUGGAGAAAAUCUGUCCGCUCAUGGCCACGGAGGAAAAUCAGGAGGUUUCGAUGUUAAAGCCCUCAGAGCCUUUCGAGUGCUGCGACCACUUCGCCUGGUCUCAGGAGUGCCCAGUUUACAGGUGGUGCUGAACUCCAUCAUUAAAGCCAUGGUUCCUCUCCUCCACAUCGCCCUGCUGGUUCUGUUCGUCAUCAUCAUCUAUGCCAUUAUCGGUUUGGAGCUUUUCAUUGGAAAAAUGCACGCUUCCUGUUAUUUCCAAGGGACAGAGAUUUUAGAGGAUGAACCGGCACCCUGUGCGGUGAACGGUCACGGCCGCACAUGCCCCAUUAAUGGCACUCUGUGUAAGGAAGGCUGGCAAGGACCCAACGGAGGCAUCACGAACUUCGACAACUUCAUGUUCGCCAUGCUCACUGUGUUUCAAUGCAUUACCAUGGAGGGCUGGACGGACGUGCUUUAUUGGAUGAAUGAUGCUAUGGGUUUGGAGCUGCCCUGGGUGUACUUUGUGAGUUUGGUGAUCUUCGGCUCUUUCUUCGUCUUGAACCUGGUUCUGGGUGUGUUGAGCGGGGAGUUCUCUAAAGAGCGAGAGAAGGCGAAGGCUCGUGGAGAUUUCCAGAAGCUUCGAGAGAAACAGCAGCUGGAGGAAGAUCUGAAAGGUUAUCUGGACUGGAUCACGCAGGCUGAAGACAUCGACCCUGAGAAUGAGGAGGAAGAGGAGGAAAGCAAACGCAACCCGAGUAUGCCGGCGAGUGAGACUGAAUCCAUGAAUACAGAGAACGAGAAAGGAGAAGACGAGAAGGCGACAUGUUGCGGCCCGACAUGUCAAAAAAUUUCAAAAUCAAAGUUCAGUCGGCGCUGGCGUCGCUGGAACCGCUUGUGUCGGAGGAAUUGCCGCUUGGCUGUAAAAUCUGUGCCAUUCUAUUGGCUGGUGAUCAUCCUGGUGUUCCUGAACACUUUGACCAUCUCUUCAGAACAUUACAACCAGCCCAUGUGGCUCACACAAGUACAGGAUGUGGCUAAUAAAGUGCUGCUGGCCAUGUUCACGUGUGAGAUGUUAGUGAAGAUGUACAGUUUGGGCCUGCAGGCUUAUUUUGUGUCUCUUUUUAAUCGCUUUGACUGCUUUGUGGUGUGUGGAGGCAUCACUGAGACCAUCCUUGUGGAGUUUGAGAUUAUGUCACCCCUCGGCAUCUCAGUGUUUCGAUGUGUUCGACUUCUCAGGAUCUUUAAAGUCACACGCCACUGGGCGUCUCUCAGUAACCUGGUGGCAUCUCUGCUGAACUCAAUGAAGUCCAUCGCUUCUUUACUGCUGCUGCUCUUCCUCUUCAUCAUCAUCUUUAGCCUCCUCGGUAUGCAGGUGUUCGGCGGCAAGUUUAACUUUGACGAGACACAAACCAAGAGGAGCACCUUUGACAACUUCCCUCAGGCCUUGCUCACUGUGUUUCAGAUUCUAACCGGUGAAGACUGGAAUGCCGUCAUGUAUGAUGGAAUUAUGGCGUACGGCGGCCCUUCGUCAUCAGGAAUGAUUGUGUGCAUCUACUUCAUCAUCCUUUUCAUCUGUGGAAACUACAUUCUCCUGAAUGUGUUCUUGGCUAUCGCUGUGGACAAUCUUGCUGAUGCAGAGUCUCUGAACACGGAUGAUACAAAGAAACCUGAUGAAAUCGAUGAAAUUGAAGAUGAAGCCAAGGCUGGAGAGGAGGAUGAGAAGGAUAAUGCAGAGGAGGAUGAAGAAGAGCCAGAUGUACCUGCAGGGCCUCGUCCAAAGAUCUCAGAGCUUGUUAAGAAGGAGAAGAUCACUCCAAUCCCAGAGGGCAGUGCGUUCUUUAUCUUCAGCAACACAAACCCAGUUCGAGUCGCUUGCCACAAGCUGAUAAACCACCACGUCUUCACUAACCUCAUCCUUGUGUUCAUUAUGCUAAGCUCAGCCUCAUUGGCUGCUGAGGAUCCAAUCAGAAACUUUUCUGCUCGGAAUAUUAUACUUGGUUACUUUGACUAUGCUUUCACGGCUAUCUUUACUGUAGAGAUCGUGUUAAAGAUGACCACGUAUGGCGCUUUUCUCCACAAGGGUGCUUUCUGCAGGAACUACUUUAAUCUUCUAGACCUGCUGGUGGUCGGAGUUUCACUCGUGUCCUUCGGGAUUCAAUCAUCGGCCAUCUCAGUGGUGAAGAUUCUGAGGGUUCUGAGAGUUUUGCGUCCACUCAGAGCCAUAAACAGAGCUAAAGGACUAAAGCAUGUGGUCCAGUGUGUGUUUGUGGCCAUCAGGACUAUAGGAAACAUCAUGAUCGUCACAACCCUGCUGCAGUUUAUGUUUGCCUGCAUUGGUGUACAGCUCUUUAAGGGAAAGUUUUACCGAUGUAACGAUGAAGCCAAGUCCAGCCCAGAGGAGUGCAAGGGAACGUACAUCAUGUAUAAGGAAGGAGACGUGAACCAGCCAAUCAUUCAGAAGCGCCACUGGCACAACAGUGAUUUCAACUUUGACAACGUGCUCAUGGCCAUGAUGGCUCUGUUCACUGUGUCCACGUUUGAAGGCUGGCCAGCGUUGCUGUACAAGGCCAUCGACUCCAACCGGGAGAACAUGGGUCCCAUCUACAACUACCGUGUGGAGAUUUCCAUCUUCUUCAUCAUCUACAUCAUCAUUAUCGCCUUCUUCAUGAUGAACAUCUUUGUGGGUUUCGUCAUCGUGACCUUUCAGGAACAGGGAGAGAAGGAGUACAAGAACUGUGAGCUGGACAAGAACCAGCGUCAGUGUGUGGAGUAUGCAUUGAAAGCACGUCCUCUCAGGAGGUACAUCCCAAAGAACCCGUAUCAGUAUAAGUUCUGGUAUGUGGUGAACUCCACCGGCUUCGAGUACAUCAUGUUUGUCCUGAUUUUACUCAACACCAUCUGUCUCGCCGUGCAGCACUAUGGUCAGUCUGAACUGUUCAAUUAUGUUAUGGACAUUCUGAAUAUGGUCUUCACUGCUGUCUUCACUGUUGAGAUGGUGCUCAAAUUGAUCGCCUUCAAACCUCGGCAUUAUUUCACUGACGCAUGGAACACAUUUGACGCCUUAAUUGUUGUCGGUAGCGUCGUAGAUAUUGCUAUCACUGAAGUUAACCCCACAGAGGCACCUCAGGUGGAUGAGUCGGGGAACACUGAGGACAGCGCUCGCAUUUCCAUCACUUUCUUCCGUCUUUUUCGAGUGAUGCGAUUGGUCAAGCUGCUGAGCAGAGGGGAGGGAAUUCGGACCCUACUCUGGACCUUUAUCAAGUCCUUCCAGGCCCUGCCAUAUGUUGCUUUGCUGAUAGCCAUGCUCUUCUUCAUCUACGCUGUCAUUGGCAUGCAGGUGUUUGGGAAAAUUGCCAUGGUGGAUCACACUCAAAUCAACAGGAACAACAACUUUCAGACGUUCCCUCAGGCUGUGCUUCUGCUCUUCAGAUGUGCUACGGGUGAAGCCUGGCAGGACAUUAUGUUAGCAUGUAUGCCAGGCAAGCUGUGUGACCCGGAGUCAGACUAUAAUCCUGGGGAAGAAAUGACCUGCGGGAGCAGCUUCGCCAUCAUCUACUUCAUCACCUUCUACAUGCUCUGCGCCUUCCUGAUCAUUAACCUGUUUGUGGCUGUCAUCAUGGACAACUUUGACUAUCUGACCCGUGAUUGGUCAAUUCUGGGGCCACAUCACCUUGAUGAGUUUAAGAGGAUUUGGUCAGAAUAUGACCCAGAGGCCAAAGGCAGAAUAAAACAUCUUGAUGUAGUGACGUUGUUACGCCGUAUUCAGCCUCCUCUCGGCUUCGGAAAACUCUGUCCUCAUAGAGUUGCCUGCAAGAGGCUAGUGGCUAUGAACAUGCCCCUGAACAGUGACGGCACGGUCAUGUUUAACGCAACACUGUUUGCUCUCGUGAGAACCGCAUUGAAAAUCAAAACAGAAGGUAACCUAGAACAAGCGAACGAAGAGCUCCGAGCUGUGAUUAAGAAGAUCUGGAAGAGAACAAGCAUGAAGCUUCUGGAUCAAGUGGUUCCCCCUGCUGGUGAUGAUGAGGUAACGGUGGGGAAGUUCUAUGCCACUUUCCUGAUACAGGACUACUUUAGGAAAUUCAAGAAACGCAAAGAGGAAGGCCUGGUGGGAGUUCAUCCAGCACAGAACAACACGGCCAUCGCACUGCAGGCUGGCCUUCGUACGCUGCAUGACAUUGGGCCAGAAAUCCGCCGCGCGAUAUCAUGUGACCUGCAGGAUGAUGAGCUAGUAGACUUUAUACCAGAGGAGGACGAAGAAAUUUAUAGGCGAAAUGGAGGACUCUUCGGCAACCACAUCAACCACAUAAAUGGAGACCCCCGGAGGAGCUCUGGCCACCAAACAAACGCCACACAGCGCCCCCUGCAGGUGCAGCCGCCCCCACAUUACGUCCACAUGGAGCAGCCCGUGGGGCGUCUGGGUCGCGCCAAUGCCAUGGCACAGCAAAACCAUCAUCGUCACCACCACCAUCAUCAUCACCAUCAUCAUCAUCACAACAACUCCUACAACAAAUCACCCAAGUCCACCAACAUCAACCUCAACAACGCCAACGUGUCCAGUUUACCCAAUGGUGGACACAAUCGCUACUAUGAACAUGCUCCCGCUAACGGCUACCCAGGAUCAUAUUAUGGAGAAUACGACAAGCCCAGGACCCCUCAUGGGCAAAGAAGGCGCUACUAUGAGACAUAUAUUAGGUCGCAGGGCAGCGACAGAAGACGACCCACGAUACGCCGCGAAGAGGAGUAUGAAGAAGAUCGCUACUCUGGAGAGUAUUACAGCGGAGAGGAGUUUUAUGAAGACGACAGCAUGCUAUCGGGUGAUAGGUACCCCAACAGUGACCAGGAGUACGAGACGCCGCGGGGUUACCAUCAUCCUGACAGUUACUAUGAAGAUGAUGAGCAGCCCCUUUAUCACGAUUCACACAGGUCACCAAAGAGAAGACUGCUUCCUCCAACACCGCAAGGUAAUCGGAGACCGUCGUUCAAUUUUGAGUGUCUGCGCAGACAAAGCAGUCAAGAUGAUCUUCCUCACCAGCGAACUGCUCUUCCGUUACAUCUCAUGCAACACCAGGUGAUGGCAGUGGCGGGUCUGGACUCUAGCAGGGCUCACAGGCUUUCCCCAACUCGAUCUACCAGAUCAUGGGCUUCACCUCCUCCAACUCCUGCAAGUAAAGACCGGACGCCGUACUACACACCGCUCAUCCGCGUGGACCGUCCUCUGAGAGACAGCGCCAGCAGCAGCCAUUCAUCCAUCAGGAAGAGCUCAUGGUACACAGAUGACCCCGAGUACCAGCAGAGGAACUUCUCACCCAUUCACCUGCAGGUCCCACCCGAGUACAGGAACCAGUACCUGCAGAAGAGAGGCAGUGCUACCAGCCUAGUGGAGGCGGUCUUGAUAUCAGAAGGACUGGGUCGAUACGCCAAGGAUCCAAAAUUUGUGGCCGCCACAAAGCACGAGAUCGCGGACGCGUGCGAGAUGACCAUUGACGAAAUGGAAAGCGCCGCCAGCCAUCUUCUGAACGGCGGCAUCACACCAGUAGUCAACGGCGUCAAUGUGUUUCCCAUUCUGGGCCACAGAGACUACGAGCUACAGGACGUCUCGGCGAGCUACAGCGAUGAGGAGCCCGAACCCGAGCCCAGACCGCGCUACGAGGAGGACCUGGCAGAUGAAAUGAUAUGCAUUACCACUUUAUAGCACCUGGUUGGCUAAAAACUGAUUUAGCAAAACAAACAAAUAUAAAGUUUAUUUAUUGGCUUACUACCUAAAGAAGUGCCUUCACAGCAGAGCAGAAAGGCACCACAGGAACGGACGCAUCGCCGCCGCCACCGGGGGAGGACCGCUUGAACUUUCGUUGGCUGCUUGUACCGUCACUCCAGGAAACGGACCAAUGAGCAGCAAGCCGAGGUAACCGGGGGCAGUUCCAAGGUGAUGACAAUCAGAACGAAUAUGUCAUUACCUCAGUCACUUUAUUAAGGGUUUUGCAUAUCAAGCACGUUGCAAGCUCAAUGCAAGCUAAGUAUGGCAUAUCCCUCCACAAAGGCUUUAGUUUCGGCCCGUACGAUUCUUUUUUAGUAAGGUUUUAGGUCAAGCGCAUAUUUUAGAGAACAAAAGCUAAGUCUACACUAACACUGGUUUACAAUAAGGAUAUCAUGCAGGAUUUUCACGAGGAGUUCAGCAUUUUGCGUUGAAUGCACUAGCAGACAGGUUAUUUUUUUAAUUUAGGAUAGCCUGUUUGAUAUUUCAUAAUAUGCUGUAAAUGACUUGUAAUAUAUAUAGAGCAAAAGACAACUUUGUAAAGAGACGUUCUAUAUUUUGUAAUUAUGUACUGUACAAAAACAAAAAAGUCAGCAAUAUUAAUCCUAAUUGAUGUUAACUGCAUUACGUAAAAGACUACGAAAUUCGGUGUUAUUUUAAUAGGUACUGUACUUUAUUAAAUUCUUUGCCUUUAUUCUUUGCUCAUAUGCAUUCUUACUCGUUUGUGAAAAGUAUAGAACAAAAAAAGCCAAUUUUCUAUGAGGUUAUGUCUGUGACACACCCGCACAAGAUAUGCAAGAUGUUUUUCUCAGUGUCUGUUUCAUUACCGGCGUAGUGUUUCCUUCGAAAUCAACGGCAUGG